CGCGCGCCGGCCAGGCUCAUAUGCGGAAGUUUCAGUCCAGUUCACUUCACUUUAAAACUGACAAGCGGCGGAGCACAGUCACCGUUCACUCUCCCUCUCUACGAACUUCAGACCCGGCUCCAUUAACUCAAGGUGAAUCAUGAGCAGUUACAGUGUCACCCUGGCUGGCCCUGCCCCCUGGGGCUUCAGACUGCAAGGUGGGAAGGACUUCUGUCUGCCCCUCACUAUCUCACGGCUGACCGAUGGAGGCAAGGCCGUCCGAGCCAACAUGAGCGUGGGAGACGUCAUUCUGUCCAUUAAUGGCAUUUCCACAGAGAGCAUGAACCACCUGGAGGCCCAGAACAAGAUAAAAGGCUGCACCGACAGUCUGAGUCUCACUCUGCAGAGACCUUCUGCUGUCCCUAAAGAUGGAGCACCAAAGGAUGAACCUCAGGAAAUCAUUAAGCCUGUGCCAAUCACUCACCCUGCUCCCAGUUCCACGUAUACCAAACCAUCCACUCAGCCCAGCUCCGCAUACAACAAGGUAGCCCGUCCAUUCGGAGCGACGGCGGCGGGUUCACUCACUCGCGAAGCUUCCCCCAAAGUGGCCUCCAUCCCCUCUGAAUCCUCCGCUUUCACACCAGCUGCUCCUUCUCAGCCUCCGCAGCCCCCCUUCCCACUAAAGUCCAGCUUCCCCUCAUCAUCAAACUCCUCUCCAGCAGCCACGGUGGUCAGGUCCAGUCCUGCUCGCACCGCCUUCACAUCCUCGUCAGCCUCACCCUCCUCUUCUAACUCCUCAUCGCCGGCCAGAGCGACAUCCUCACAACCCGCCGCCCCACCGUCCUCCGUCUAUAACACACCCAUCAACCUCUACUCUAAUGUCAACGCCUGCGAGGUGGCUAUGGGACAGAGGAGGGGUCUUCUGGAGAGCCAGGGUCUGUCAGAGCACUUUAAUGGGAAACCUGUUGUUGAGCCAGAGAACCAUGCGUCACCACUGAGUGACGCUAGCAAGAAGCGUCUGAUCGAGGACACAGAGGACUGGCAUCCCAGGACAGGAACCUCCCAGUCUCGCUCCUUCCGUAUCCUGGCCCAGCUCACUGGUACUGAAAACGAGCAAGUUUCAGAGAACAGCGGAAAGAAUGACACACCUGAAAAACCCACUGCCGCCCUGCACACGUCGCCUGCGGCCAAAAUGUACUCCAAAUCUCCAGCCACCCCCAGGAACGGGAACCCCAGCCCCGCGGCCCAGAACAAGGCCUUGUACCAGCCUGGAGGUCCCGGAGGUUUUCCAAAAGGCGGAGCUUCUCCUUCGUUUGGCAAAGUCACCGCUGCUGCUCCCAGAGGUCCAGACCGCCCCACUCCACAGCCACAUCCAGAGGACAUCAACUCUCUGGUGCAGCGGGCCGAGCACAUGCCGGCCGACACUCGAACCCCCAAGUGCAGCAAGUGCAACAACAUCAUCAGGGGACCGUUCCUUGUGGCCAUGGGCAUGUCGUGGCACCCCGAGGAGUUCAACUGUGCUCACUGCCAGUCCUCCCUGGCAGACCGAGGGUUUGUGGAGGAGAAGGGCCAGGUGUACUGCGUGACGUGCUACGAGCAGUUCUUCGCCCCGUCCUGUGCUCGCUGUAACCAGAAGAUCUUGGGCGAGAUCAUGAACGCCCUGAAACAGACCUGGCACGUGUCCUGCUUCGUCUGCUCUGCCUGCCAACAGCCAAUCAGAGGCAACACGUUUCACAUGGAGGACGGACAGCCAUACUGUGAAAGAGAUUACUAUAACCUGUUUGGAACCAACUGCCACGGCUGUGACUUCCCCAUCGAGGCGGGGGACAAAUUCCUAGACGCCCUGGGAUUCACCUGGCACGACACCUGCUUUGUGUGCACGGUCUGCUCUACCAGCCUGGAAGGUCAGCCAUUCUUCUCUAAGAAGGACAAACCUCUGUGCAAGAAACACGCUCACACUGUCAACAUCUGAGCGUCCAUGUCCUUCAGAUGUUCAGAUAUUUUUCUGAAAUGGAAAAAAAAAGAGAAGUCUGGUUCAUCUGUUAAUCAGAUCAGAUCAGUGGAAUCACUGAUUAUUUUUAAGCUUUUUUUGGGGGGGGUUCAUAGGAUUUUUUUCUAUCAUCAUGGCUUCUUGUUCUCUUGUCUGUUGUAUGACUUUUUUUUUUUUUUUUUAAUAUUUUUUCGGCACCAACAUAUUUACCCGUCUACACCUUGACUGCAGUGACCUACUGAAGCCCAGGGCUGUAAGUUAUUACCUACAUCUUUACAACAGUCACAGUUAUGGCAAUUUUAAAGUUGAAAUAGUGAUUGAUUAUAAAAAAAAAAUAGAAAAACUAAAAAAAAAAAGUAUUUUUAAGCAAUACAAAAAUAAAAAAGAGUAAAG